AUGUCCAAAUUUAUUAAAUCAAGUACAUCUAAGUACAAAUUUGGUGCUCAUAUGUCAACCGCUGGUGGCGUAUCAAAUUCUGUAAUCAAUGCAUAUAAUACAGGUUGUAAUUCAUUUGCUUUAUUCCUUAAAUCACCUAGAAAAUGGGUAUCUCCACAAUAUACACCUGAGGAGAUCGAAAAGUUUAAAAAGUUUGUUAAAGAAUAUAAAUAUGAUCCAAUGACUGAUAUUUUACCUCAUGGUCAAUAUUUUAUUAACUUAGCCAACCCGGAUGAAGAAAAAGCACAAAAGAGCUAUGAUUCCUUUAUCGAUGAUCUUAAGAGAUGUGAGUCUUUAGGUAUUGGUCUUUACAAUUUACAUCCUGGCUCGUCGUUGAAAGGUGAUCACCCAACACAAUUAAAACAAUUAGCAUCUUAUUUAAAUAAAGCCAUUAAGGAGACAGAAUUCGUGACUAUUUUACUUGAAAAUAUGGCUGGAACUGGGAAUCUAGUGGGUAGUAAUUUAGAAGAUUUACAUACAGUUAUAGACCUUAUUGAUGACAAGUCAAGGAUAGGUGUAUGUGUCGAUACUUGUCACACUUUUGCAGCAGGUUAUGACAUCUCUUCGGUGAGUGGACUUGAAAAAUUUUGGGAUAAUUUUGAUAAAACUGUUGGUUUAAAAUAUCUAAAAGCAAUGCAUUUGAAUGAUUCUAAAGCUCCUCUUGGUGCUAACAGAGAUCUUCACGAGAAAUUAGGCGAAGGGUAUUUAACGUUAAAAUUUUUCCAUGUUUUAGCAACACAUUUUGAUUUCUUACAAAAGAUACCUAUUGUGUUAGAGACACCUCAAGAUAAUGACAAUGGAUAUGGUGAAGAAAUUAAAUUAUUGGAAUGGUUAGAGACUAUCCCAAUAGAUUCAAAACUUGAUGAUAAUAAAGAAUUUACAGACAAAUAUACAAACUUACAAAAAAACGGUUCCAAAAGUAGAAAGGAACAAAUGACCAAGUUUGAAGCCAAACAGAAAAAACCAAAGAGACAAGCUGGAACUGAUAUUAUGAGUCAAAUGAAAAAGAAGGUUAAAAAAUGA